AGAAAGGUGCUGAAGACUGGAAGAGGUGUUGACAUCCUUGUGGAAACACAUUUACUGCCUGACAUUCUUCUCGUAAGGCGCCAUUGAGGGUUAAGGCUGUUAAUCAUCAAUCUUUUAGGGUCUUUACGGCCUCAAAAUGAAGAAGAAAAGCAGACAUCACCGCUCGGCGGUGCUGAAGAGGGACUCCUCUCCCAUCAAGCCGUCGGCCAACAGGGAGACACUGACAUAUGCACAGGCUCAGCGAAUAGUGGAGCUGGAGGUGGACGGCCGCGUGCACCGGCUCAGCAUCUAUGACAAGCUGGAUGUCAUCACCGACGACGACCCCACGGCUCAGGAGAUCAUGGAGUGUAACAGCAACAAGGAGAACAAUGAGAAGCCCCAGCAGGUCCUGGUGCGCUCUGUGCGCCUCAAAAACAACCAGCAGAAGAAGAAUGCGGCGCUCACAGCCUCGCAUGGCGCCAUCAGCACGCACGGCACUGCCAGUGGUCUGCUGGAGGCAAAGGUUAGAACGGUUGAAUACAAUCUGCCGGUGGUGCCAAAGAGGCCGGCAGCAUAUUACAAAUACACAGAGAGGACAGCAGAGGAGCUGGACGAGGAGGUGGAGUACGACAUGGAUGAGGAGGACUACGCCUGGCUGGAGCUAAUCAACGAGAAGAGGAAGAGCGAGGGCAUUAGCCAGGUGUCGCACAACCUGUUCGAGUUCCUCAUGGACCGCUUCGAGAAGGAGUCUUUUUCAACCACGCAGGGUCAGAGUGACCUACAAUCGCUGGUGGACGAGGACGCCGUCUGCUGCAUCUGCAUGGAUGGAGAUGGAGCCGACAGUAAUGUCAUCCUCUUCUGCGACUCCUGCAACAUUGCUGUGCACCAGGAGUGCUACGGCGUGCCAUACAUUCCUGAGGGCCAGUGGCUGUGCCGUCACUGCCUGCAGUGCCCGUCACGGCCCGCUGAUUGCGUCUUCUGUCCUAACCGAGGUGGAGCCCUGAAGAAGACUGAUGACGACCGCUGGGGCCAUGUAGCUUGUGCCCUGUGGGUGCCUGAGGUUGGCUUCUCUGACACGGUUUUCAUCGAGCCCAUCGAUGGUGUCCGCAAUAUCCCGCCAGCGCGCUGGAAGCUCACCUGUUACCUCUGUAAAGAGAAAGGUGCAGGAGCAUGCAUCCAGUGCGAUAAGAUCAACUGUUACACUGCCUUCCACGUCAGCUGCGCCCAGAAGGCCGGCCUCUACAUGAAAAUGGAGCCGGUCAAGGAGGUGACGGCGUCCGGCUCCACAAGCUUCUCUGUGAAAAAGACCGCCUACUGCUGCAGCCACACACCUGUAGGCUGCGACCGCCGACCGCUCAACAUCUACGAGGAAUCGCACCCGAAAAACGGAGCCUGUCAAAAGAGGACUGAGAAGAGGGGGAAGGCCCGGACCAAGGGUUGGCAGAAGAAGAAGAGUAAGAGAGCGGAGCCAGAACCUGAGACUCCCACCAACUCGGGGCCCAGUAUCACUGCUUCAAGGUAGGCAGGCAACCAGGACUCCGAGAAAGCAUCUCACAUUAAUAAUUAAUAAAUAAUCGAUACAACUCUGUUCUU